UUUGGUAUAGUUUACCUAGAUAAGUUAUAGCUAAUGAAUUUUAUUCUAGGAAGCAAUAAUUUCCGAAAUUGUCUGCUCACUGGGUAUACACGUUUUGAGCCAGUUACAAGUGUCAGUCUCAUCGAGUCAUCGAGUGCCGUUUAGAAUAGACAUGGAGGUGAAAGGAUAGUAAAAAUGACGGAAAGUUUAAUAAAUGAAUGGCUGACGGAUUGUGCAGAUGUAUCAUCAUCAGAGCUUCAUACUUUUGCUACCACUCUGUCACAAGAUAAUGAGAUAGUCAGAGCACUUUAUGUACUUUUGGAAGAACGAAGUAAAUAUAGUCAGUUGGUGGAUACAGUAUGCGAUCAGUUAUACAAUUUCUAUCGUUCUCGGGAAACAGAAUUACAGAGGUUUACCUUGCAGUUUUUGCCAACAUUAAUAUACAUCUAUUUAAAUUCUGCAGCUCAUGGCGAUAUUAAGAACUGUAGAUCUGUAGAAACAUUAUUAAUCGGAUUGUAUAAUCUGGAGAUAAUGGAUAAGUCUGGACAGCCAAAAGCAAUUUCUUUUAGAUUACCAUCGCUUGCCAUGCUUUCUGUAUAUCACGAGCCAGCAACUUUAGCACCUGCUUCUUUAACAGAGAGUGCAGUACGUAGAUUUGAAGAAUGCAAUACAAAACUUGUUAGUUGGGGUCCAUUGCAACAAGUUGAAACAUUGACUGCUCAGAAUAGAUUAAAAGUUAUGACUGCUCUUUUGUUUAUUUAUAAUCAACAAUUGGGUUAUAUAAGCAAGUUUGCUUUGGAACAGUUAUGCAAAGUUGCUACCAAACUUGUUACCCAAGGAUUUAUGAAACCAGGACACCAUCAACGAUCUUCGUACGGAAGUGAAUCUAGUUUUGUUCCAAGACUUCUACCUCGUAUACCUGUAUCCAGUCAAUUUCUUCUUGAAUUUUUGCAUGCUGUAUAUUUUGCUAUGUAUAACGAUUGCUGGUACAUAGGAACUCAAGCAGUGGAAGAUAUUCAUAAUCGAGCAUGUUAUGAAACAUAUCCAGAUGUUAUGCUAGUCACGAAUGCUAUACGAAAUUCUGCUAGCAGUGGUCCGUCAGGUCAACCUACCGAUGGACCAAUUGGUAUUAGCGUCGCGUUAUCACCAGCAACUGCAACCGCCACGGUGUCUAAAUCAAUGAUUACAAACGCUUCUUUCCGGGCCAAAAAAUUGCCAGAUGAUAUACCAAUUCAAGAAACUAAGGAGGAUUCUGGAGGAGAGGCAAAAAGUAAUCUUGUUUCUAUUACUGAAGAAGAAUCCACAGAAUCAAACAGAGUUGGUUCAAUAAGACAAUCGAAGGAUCAAAAGAUUGUGACAACGAUUACAAACUUUCUAGUGCGUGGAAAGAAACAUCGAAGAAGGAAUAGAAAAGUAAUUAAGAACGUUUGUAUUGAUCCGCCUGAAGAAGAAAACGAAUUUGGAUCUCAGACAACGUUAAAGGAAAGUAUUAAAAAUUCAAUGUUAAUAGCAUUCAUUAAUAGAAAUGUUAAUGAGUGUUUAAUCAAAAAAAAAAAAUAUAGUAAUGUCGUGGAAAACAAUUUAAUUAGAGUAUACACUAACAUUUCUUUAAUUGAUGGCGAACGACUUGCAUUAAGUGGAGAUGUCGAUAACACUAAUAUGGAGGCUCCUAUUACAUUAAGUAUAGAUAAUGAAACAGAAUCAUUGACUUCGUCUAUUCAAGUCGGUUCUGUUUAAGUUAACUAAGAACAAAUUUGUAAAACAAAGAAAGAUAUUAGUAGUGGGCUACAUUGAACAACUAAUUUUUUUCAUUCAGUUUUAAUUACAAUUGUAUAUACCUUUUUCUUCAUUUAUCACUGAAUUAUUAAUUUUAAAAAUUUCAAAGGAUUUUGUACUCAUAGUUGCUUUAGAAGUAGUCCAUUACUAUACUGAUCUCCAUAAUUAGUUAAAAGAAGUAAUGGGGAAGGGAACAAUAAACUAAUAAUGUAUAUUUUCUUUUUAUAGAAAUACACUAAAUUUAGAUUAAAAAGUUACGUUAAUUAUCUUUAUGAUUUUAAUGUAUCAAUUAGUUUUAUAUUUUUGUAGAUAUUUUUAUUUAUAAUUAUUUAAUGAUUUUAACUAUUAAAAUCUUGUUCUUUACGUAAAACGAAUUGCUGACUAAUACAACAUUUUAACAUAUGAGUCAAAGUAAAUAUACUUUCAAAUUAAAAACAAGUACUUACGUGUAUUUUUUUUCUGAAUUAUUGAAUGAUGUUCAUAUCUAGAAUAUUCAAUUAUAUUACGUUUGCAUUUAUUUUUUGGCAAAGUGUAAAGCAACUUUUUGAUAUCAUGGUUUCAAAAGAAAAAGCAUAAUUCAUUAUGUAUUAAAAUUUUUGGCAUUUUACGAACAAAAUGCAAUACGACUGAUUUGUCUUUCAAGACAAUGUAAAAAUAAACUUUAAAAAACUUUCCUAACAAUUACAUUUUCUAUAAUGUAUUUUCAUGCUCUUAUGCAUAAUGUCAUACUGGUAAAUUAUGUUUAGAAGAAAAUGUUUUUGUAUAAAUUUUAAAGUAAGAAGAUUUUAGCUCAUACCAUAAUUCAUCUUGUAACAACUUCAAAAAUGAUUUAUAUCCAUGUUUUCUGUACUUUUAAUAUUAACAAACCUAAGGAUUUUGGACUAGUAACUUUUUAUUCCUGUUUAAACUCAUAUGUGAUUACUAUUCAAGAUUCAUUUAAAUUAUACUCUUACAUAAAAGUAGUAUUGUAUUAUUUACAAUCAAAUAGUUACAAUGUAAAAUAUUUCAAAGAAUGUUUCCUUACAGUUUAUACUGUAUUUAUAUUUGUAAAUAUACACUGUGAUAGAAAAUACUUAUUAAGAAGGAUUUCAUUUAAAAAAUAUUUAUUAGCUACUUGUUUAUUAUUUUAAAUAAAAUAACAUGUGUCAUGAAUAAUUUAUGAAUAUAAAAUGAUGAUAAUGUGAAAAGGUUUUUGAAACAAUUCUUAUAUUGAAUUAUGUUUAAGAAAUUGAAAUUUGGAAUUGGUAUCUACUUGAAAAGACUGCACUUGCAUUACAUUAUUCCUUAGUCUAACUAAGAAACAUACAUACCCUUAUGAUUUCUUUAAUCAAUCAUAGUGUUCAAUAAAUCAAUCAUCAUACGCAUAUUAAUAUUCAAUAAAAGAAUAUUAUAUAAUACAUUCACAUAAAUGUGUGUUUAAAGCAAUCAUUUAACUCUUAUGACAAUUCUAAGGAUUUUAAAUCAUAAAUUCACUCUAUCAAAGAAUUAACUAAGAUAAACCUCGAGUAGCUCCUUUAAAACAAUAAAACAAAAUCUAUGUCCUUAAUCUUAAACUUCAUUAAAUUAUGCUUUCAAAAUUAUUAAUUAAAUUCUGUAAAUAAUGUAUAAAACUCUAAAUUUGUUAUAUUUCAGUCAAGUAUUUAAAUUGUUCCCCUCUUCCUACAUAUUAAUUUAUUAAAAAAAGUCUUUUAAAUACUGACAUUUAAUAUACUAUAUGGGAAAAUGAUAAAAUAUAUAGUCUUUUUGUAUUAUUUGAAGUUUUCUAAUUAACAGAACGAAAACUAGAAUUAUAUACAUAAAUUUAUUUUAGAAAAAAAAAUCAGAAUUUAAUUUUCUGUAUCACUGCCAUAUAGUGUAAUUUACUCAAACGAAUUUUCAAUAAUUUAAGUUUACACAUUUUAUUGAGUAUGUAUUAUAUUAUAUUUAAAACAUACACGCAUAGGUGUGAGAAAUAUGUUUUCUGAAAUUGAACAAAAUAAUGCAAAUUAUAAGUAUUAAACAAUUAAACAAGGAGAAAAUUAAAAUGGUACUAUAAAAAGGAUAAGUUAAAAGUUUGUUAAAUUUGUUAGAAUAUUUGUAAUAAAAAGUAUAAAAACGGGAAUUGGUAAAUACAUAAGAAUUGUAACAUUUAAUGUAAAUUUUGGAGCUGUUUACUGUUUAACAUUCUAUUAUGCUCUUUCAUACAUGUAGAUACUUUUCAUGGAAACGAAAAGUAAACGUGUACAUAAUAUAUACCACAGUUCCAUAAAAAUUGAUGUACUCAUCAGAUGUGAAAGAAUAUAUGCAAUUAUCUUGUAUGUUUAUGUAGAUUAUAAUGAUAUCACAAUAACUCAUGUAUAUUCAGGUAUAAAUAUUGUACAUUGUUUUAAUUUGUAAUUAUACUGUUAGAGCUUAUUAUAUUGUUACAGCUGUCAAUAUGUAAAUAAUAUAUAAACUUACUGCACAGGAGGUUUGGUUGAGUUUAUUCGUAAUAUAUUUAAUUUUCAUUUGCAUGUUAAAUUAAAAUAAUAUUUUAAACUGUUUCAUAAAAUCUAUUUCUUUUGUAAUAACUAUACUUUACCUUGUUUUUUAACACCUUUACUUUGUUAUUAAAUACUACACGUAGAAAAUGUAUGACUAUUAACAAAGUUGUCAGAAAAUUGAUACUAAAACUGUUGAGCAAUACAUGUAGAUAAAUUGAUUAAAAUAAGAUAAUAACGAAAUCAAAGUACCUAUUUCCUAUUUAAAAAGUAUAUUGUUACCACCUUGUGUAUUUAUUAACAAUAAAUAAUAAUGCAAUAAAAGUAAUGUUUAGAUAAAUAUGUUCAAUAAUGUUUAAAUAUUAGGUGAUUGUGUUGCUAACAAAUGUAAUUAAAUAAAAUAAAGAAUCGUAUAUAUUGUUGAA